GUGCGUGCGAGGGUUUCCCCAUGAUGCACGUUCACGUGCACGCAGCUUUUUCAAUCUUUCUCCCCCCCUUCCACUAAACCGAGUCCACGCGAGGGAGUGACAGAGAGAGAAAGAGAGCAAGAGAUAGAGAGAGGACGAGCUUCCGCCUUCAUACUCGCAGACACAAAAAGCUUUACUACACUCAGAGAGGAGUCGAGCAACGGAUGAUAACAGACACCAAUCCUCAAAACUGCUGUCCAUCCACAGGACCGGGCAGCACCGGGCUGCAGCAGUCCGGACGGCUUUCGAGGUUCAGGCGGGUGGAGAAACAAGCGGAUGCUCUUCGUCGCGAAAGGCUAAUUUUCCUCUUUUUUAAAGUGGAGGUGGGUCUUUUUUUUAUGUGUGCGCGAAGAGGUGGAGGAGCAAAAGCAGAAAACCGGCGAGUGCGUCUAACAAAGUUGCUUCGUGACAAGUGAAAACAAAGAUGGUGCACGACGGCUGAUUUCUUUGUAUGUUUCACACAUAGAGAUAUUGCAUCUGCUCGGUUUAAUACAAAAAAGUGUCCCGGAGAAGACCCGGAGGAGACGGGACGGGGUGGAGGAGCGGCGGGGACCUGUUUUCCUGCUGCCGAUCUUCUGUUGCUGCUUCUUUGUGGACGCAGACAAAACCCUGAGAGCUGUUUGGCGCGGCAGGCAUCCCUGCAGCUUCAGGGGACUUUGUCAGAUGUGUACCCAGCACACAAAGCCCCUGGCCUGGCCGUGGGGAUGGCAGCCUCUGCCUUGAACCUGAACGGCCUUGGAGUCAUGAACAGCAGCAACCAGUUUCACUCCCAGCCAGGGUCCUCCAACGCCACCUCUAGAACAAACACCAGCCCAGUGGGCCGACCUGUGCUGCCGGUUCCGGAUCGGAGCACGUAUUGUCCGUUACUGGGGGGAAGCCUCUACAGUCCAACGAGUCCUAAGACGAGCCCCCGAUCUCUUAGCCAAGCCUUCGUCUUUCCCCCUCCUCCAAAUUUGCUCUCCCCCUUCGACACAACUCGCCCUCGCUCCCCCUCGCCGCGAAGCCCGGAGCGCCUGGGAGUCAAUGUGGGCCAGCGUAUCCGACGCCUGAGCGGUGAAGACAGAGGGGAGGGAGACGGGCAGGAGGAGACGGGAGGAGGGACGAGAGGCGGUGAGGCGCGAGACGAGAGGAAACGCCAGGAACAUCUGCUCCGGAUCCACAGAGAGCUACAAAACGUUGAGGUCAGGGGGAAAGUGGGCAUCUUCGAGGCCCACAUUUCCGGGAUCCGCGCCCAGGUCCUCAACAGUGAACUCCAGCGCAGUCCUCGGACGACAAGACGAGCGACUAGCCAGUCCUCUUCGCCUCCCAGCCUAGGAAACACACUUCUCGAAAAUCCAAUGACCCACCCACAAGUGACUAAAGUACCUUCUGUCGCCCAAAAUGGCAGAGAGGUGGAGGAAGGGGUGAUGGAAAGACUAAUGAAGGAAGGUGGAAUGGAUGAGGGCGAGAAGAACAGCAAUGCUGUGAAGUCAAACACCGAGAACAAGACACUGAUUGAUCAAAAUGACUGCCAUUCACAAACAACGUUACAAACUCCUUAUGGGGAUAAACGGAUUAUUCGUUGUUCGCCUGAGACGUCAGGAAAACAUUCAGCUACAGAUGAGGAGAAUAAGGAAAAACUGAGAGAAAGGGAGGAGGAAAAAGUUAGAAAGGAGGUAGAAAACAGAGAAAUGGAGCGAGACGAGAGAGAACGGACAAACAGAGAAAACAAAGAUGAGCAGGAGGAUCAUUGGGAUUCAAAAGUGCUGAUUCAGACCGAAGGAAAAAGGUUUAUCGGUAUCUCCGAAGCCCCUUCUUUACCUCAAGGACAUAACAGUAAUAACAUGAAGCUGAGUUCGCUGAACGCACCUGAUCAAAUGUCCGACCAUUUAUCCUCCCUGCUCCCCUCCAUCCCUGCAGUCAUAAUCACCGACCACGGUUUGGAGAGCCGGUCCCAAACUACCGACGGCUCCGGCUCAGAGCGGGGACUGUCGCGGUCCCCGAGCCCCAGCUCCAGCCCCGUUCCAUACUCCUCGUCUCGCCCCCUCAGGAAGCUGUCCUCCUCCUCCGCCUCCUCAGCCGGGUUCUCCUCGUCUUGGGAAGAGUCGGAGGACGAUGUUUCCAGUGACACGGAGAAGGGAGACAAUCUCCUGAAUCCUGCACAUCUCAGCUCUAAGCAGAAGGCGCACAAGUCAUGGAAGAAGAUAAAGAACAUGGUCCACUGGUCUCCAUUUGUUAUGUCCUUCAAGAAGAAGUAUCCCUGGAUUCAACUGGCUGGACACGCAGGGAGUUUUAAAGCGGGUGCAAAUGGACGCAUAUUAAAAAAACACUGUGAAUGCGAGCAGCGCUGCUUGUCCCGGCUGAUGGAGGAUGUGCUGAAGCCCUACGUUCCUGGUUAUCACGGAGACGUGGAGAAGGAUGGCCAGAAGUACAACCAGAUGGAGGAUCUGCUGGCAGAGUUCGACUACCCGUGUGUAAUGGACUGUAAGAUGGGAGUGAGGACCUACCUUGAGGAAGAACUAACCAAGGCUCGGAGAAAGCCUGCGCCGAGGCCCGACAUGUAUCAGAAAAUGAUCGAGGUCGACCCUGAGGCGCCCACAUUGGAGGAAAACGACAAGAAGGCAGUGACCAAGCCAAGAUACAUGCAGUGGAGAGAGACAAUAAGUUCAACGGCAACCCUGGGGUUCAGGAUAGAGGGAGUCAAGAAAGAAGAUGGAACUGUGAACAGAGAUUUCAAGAAAACAAGGACAAGGGAACAAGUGGUGACAGCCUUCCAUGACUUUGUAAGAGGAGAUUCGGAGAUAUUGAACAAAUAUCUAACGAGGUUAAAGGAAAUUCGAGCCACUUUGGAGAUCUCUCCGUUCUUCAGAAGUCAUGAGGUCAUCGGCAGCUCGCUCUUAUUUGUUCACGACAGCAGGAAGCGCGCCAAAGUGUGGAUGAUCGACUUUGGAAAGACCACGCCCCUCCCUGACGGGGAGGAACUAACCCACCGAGCAUCAUGGGUAGAAGGGAACAGAGAGGACGGCUACCUUUACGGACUCGACAGCUUGGUGGACAUCUUCUCCUCCAUGGUGGACUCUGAGACUUGAAGUCUGAAGGUUUUGUUUUUGAACCAAGUAAACUUUUGGACACACCACCAUUAAAGCUUCCAUUCAUACUUCACUCUCCUGGAGAAACCUUUGAAACACUGACACUUUAGCUCACGACGCAAACCGUAUGGUCCAGCUCCUCUUAGUUCCUCACAAGUGGAACUACUAACAGCGACAGCGCCUCAGUUCCUCAUAAUUGAGUUAUUUUGUGCUGUGGUUUAAACAUGGGGAAAAAGGUCAAUCUUAUAUAACCUCAUUUUGACAGCAUAACCUUUUACUUAAGAAAUUCCCAUUGAAAAGCAAACAAUACGAAUCUUCUUGCCUAAUACAAACUAAGACCUGUUGACGUACUUUAAUAUUAUAAAUAAAUUCUCCGCAAAGGCCUAAACCAACAAGAGGUUACCUAAUAUUUAAUUGUUAAUGAGAGCCUCAGCAUUCUAUUAUAUUAUGCGCUGUGCUUUAUGAAACUUUUUAACAUUUUGUCACGUUACACUAACAAACUUCAGUGUGUUUUUAUCUGGAUAUCUGACAGACCAACAUGAAGUAACGUAAUCUUGAAGUGUAAGAAAAAUAAAUGUUUUUUUUUUACAUUUUCUGCAAAUGAAAAUAUGAAAUAACGUGCAUCCGUACGUAUUCAGCUUUGAUCAAUCAAAGCUUUGUAGAACCACUUAACACGUCUUUGCUCAACUACUUACUAGAUGUUUUUGCCCAUUCUUUGAAAAAUAGCUUAAGCUCAGUCUGACAGGAUGGAGGCAUCAGUAAAUGCCAAUUUCCAAGACAGAUUCUGAAUUUGUUUUAGGUUAGGACUUUGACUGGGCCAUUCGAACACAUGGAUUUGCCUUGAUCCUGUUUCAUCUCUGGAUGCAUUUUUAAAGUUCCUGCAGGAAGAUUAUACUCAGCCUUUCUUUCAACAAUGUCUUUCUUCGUUUAAAAGGAGACUGAAUCCAAACAUAAGCUCGUCUUCUUACGGUGUUUUUGUAAAAAAAAAAAAAGUUUUUAAAAACAUGCCUUCUUCCAAUUUAUAAUUAACGACUACUUUGUUUUGGUCUUUCACAUAAAAUCUCAAUAAAAUACAUAAAGUUUUGUGGCUGUAAUGUGACAGAAAGUGAAAUAGCUCAAGCCGUAUACUAUACUUCUGCAAGGCACUAUUAGAGCAGUAGUUUGGUGCAGCUUGUUGUUUUGGGCUUCCUUUAAAUUUUUUUUUUCUUUUAGAAAAUCCCAAGAAAUAAAUUUUUUAAAAAUGCAUUUUAUAUAAAUUUGGCAGGACUUUGACUAGAUAUCUAACACACCUCCACUUCUGCUGUCCUGCUUUAUUUUGAUGGUGUUGAAUCAGAAAAAUAAUUCUAGGGCUAAAAAAAAAAGAUCUGACCCAUAUUUGAGCUUAAAAUGGCAAUCUUUAACAUUUCAACCAUGCUUUAUUGUCAAACCUCUAAAUCUCACAUUCAUUUUCACUCAAUAUUUAGUCUCGUCAAUAAUUGUAUUUGCUCUCACUACGAGCAUAAUUGUGAGUUACAAUACUGUCUUGCAGCUACAAAGUGUUUCACUUUCUAGAGCUCUUCCAAUAAUAAUGCUUGAUCCUUCUCAGUCUCACACACACACACACACACACACACACACACACACACACACACACACAUUGCAUUUAAGGUGACUGCCUUAUCUGAUCUCAGCAGCUGUUUAACAGGUUAAAUAUUUGUGCUGUGAAGCUGCAGCAGCAUGGUAUGUUUACUUGUCAUUAGGAAUAACUGGAUCUGGCAGUUUUUCAGGAAAUGUUCCAAUUUGUUGAUGUCUUGGCUAUUAGUGUGCUUGUGAUUUCUGAAAAUGCAAAGUAGUAUGUAGAUAAUGGAAUAUACACUUGGACCAGGAUAAACAGUUCCAGUGAAUAGUAAUUAUAAUAUAAUAGUUUUGGAAUAAAUGUUAGCCAGUGAUUUGAGGGAAAAGAUUGUUAGCUGUUGUUACACAGCUAAAAAAAAAUGCUCAGAUGCUUAAAUUGUGUUUCUUGUUUGCAGAUUCUUCAUAUUCAAAUAAAAGGAGCUAUUUUUAAAUACCACUAGGUUUUCCGAUACUGUAAAACACAGAAGUACUGUUGUUCAGUGAGGCGUAUGUGCAAGCACUACUGAGCCACGUCGUUCAGCAAUUCAAAUCUAAGAAAUUCAAUUAAAUGAAAAUGUUCAAGAUUGCCAAUUUAAGCAUCGUUAAGCCACAAAAUGUAACUCUGUUUUUAUUGUAUUUUCUUUUCUUUUUUGUUUUAAUGCAAUUUUAAACAUCAAUUUCAACGGGGAACCCAUGGAAAGAGUUAGUACAAUUAAGUGUGUUUAAAAACUACAUAUAAAGAAAAAUUAGCCCAACAGUUUUACACCCAGACAGAGUCAAAGUUAAGCUAGAACAUGUUGUUUGAUUCACAGUCGUCUGGGAAUUACUCACCAUGAGGAGGCACGACAGAGGAAAACAAAGCGCAUUUCCCAGUAGUUUUGAAGUGUUAUGAAUUGUGACAUUAUUAUAACACUUGACACGUUUCUCUUUGGUUGCUCUGGGUAGUUCAUGCGGUGUACAGAAAGAUUUAUUAUUUAGUUUUAUGUAGUUUUGUUUUGGUUUUUACUGUAACAUAGUUGUUGUUAAAUCCUGUGGAACACUUACAGCCAUGAACAAUCCUAUUUAAGCUACACAGUGCCUUGACGUUACAAAGCCAAGUCAGAAAGCGGGAAAAAAAAAUUUUUGGUUUUUGUUUUUAGGUAUAAAUAUGGAUUUCUUUGCUUAGUCUAACAUGGGUGCAUGUUUAUUAUUCUCUUAAAUGUUUAUUACUUUGUAAAUUGUUCUGAUUUUAUUUAAACAACACAAUGUAUUCUGUGGGAGGCUUUAAUUUUUUUUUUUUUUUUUUAAUAAUGGUAUAUCUGGAUUUGUCAUUAAACAUGUUGGAUUUAAAGAAGUAAUCACGGAGUAGGGAAAUUGGGGAUAUGACUUUAAAAAAAACAAUACGCAUUUAAAACAAUAUAUAUAUAUAUAUGAGAUUGAUAUGUUUGGUGUUGAUUUUAGAAUCAUUUGGUAGAUGAGAAGGAAAUAACGUUCUUCACAGGUUGGCCUUUAUUAAACAUUUGCUGUUACAGUAAAUAAGGAAUUACUGUAAGUUAACGCCGUGCCUUCUUAAGGAAACAGGUAGACAUCACAAUCGUGUCUGGGCUGUUUUAAUGAAAUAUGCUAACUAUUCAUUUCAGAGCUAGCAGGCAUAAAUAUUGCCUGUUUUCCUUUGUGUGCACUUACAGAUGUGUAAUGUAGGUGUUAAAGGUUUAUAGUGUUGCUGGUUUGUGUAUUUAUUUUUCGGACUGUUCCUUUAAAAAUACAUUUGUGGUGAAACAUG